AAUUGUGCUGCCACAACCCCUACAGAGGGUUGCAGAGGACUUUGGGAGAUCACCACUGAUUGGUCAACCAGAAAGAAAAGGGCAGUCUGAGGGAGUUAGUGAUAGAUGCUAAAGGCAGAUACCCUGCAGUGAUCAAACCUUGGAUGAUCUAACAGUCCAGUGUUUGAAGUGAUUAUCAUUGCUACGCAACAUAAAGGCUUACACCCAGCUUUGGGCCUAAUUAGUUCACUUAGGGCCCUUUAUAAAGAGCUGGUAGGGAGACUGGAAGGGACAGACACUCACUGAGAAGUCACCAGAUCAACAGGAUAGCAGCAGCAGCAGCAGCAGCAGCUGUGGAUCCCUAAAGUUGACCUGCUGCCACACCAGAACAAAUCAAUUUGAAGAUUAUCUGCUUUUCUGAGAAUGCCACACUUAAGUGACUGCAGUUACUACACAAUGCGGGAUGCAACCAGAGCUUCAAAUGUACAGAGCCACCUGGAGAACUCCAAGUUCCAUCUCCACCAGAGCCAGAAUCAGCCCGUGAAGCAGUACCUGACGCUGGGCUCCAAGCUGGCCUCCUCGGCCGCAUCAGGCCACGCUGUGACACAUCCGCACACCCCUGGCCAGGCACUCGCCACCGUGCCGAUCAUGAGGAACGGACACAUGCCCCCUGUCAGUGACAGCAGUAACCCCAACAGCCCUGUUACCCUGCUUACAAUGGCCAAUCAUGACAGUGAGUUUCCAAUGGAUGAAGUUAUUGAUGACCUAAUUAGUCUUGAAUCCGGUUUCAAUGAUGGAGGCUUGGAUUGCAUGGAGCCUAACAUCAUAAUGCAAAACAAUGUGUCUCUCAGCAGCAGCAUGUUGGACGUCUAUGGGGGUGAACAAGGUAUGAACGCCCCUAAUGGUGGACUGAGUCCUACAUCUAACCCUACAAAGCUCACUGUAAAAAGGGAAUACACAGAACACGACACAAGGGUGAUGGCCAAAGAGAGGCAGAAAAAAGACAACCAUAAUUUGAUUGAAAGAAGGCGACGAUACAACAUUAACUACAGGAUUAAGGAGCUUGGAACACUCAUACCAAAGUCGAAUGAUCCCGACAUGCGGUGGAACAAAGGCACCAUCCUCAAGGCCUCAGUGGAGUACAUAAGAUGGCUGCAGAAGGAGCAGCAGCACGCCCGGGAGCUGGAAAGCCGUCAGAAGAAGCUGGAGCAAGCCAAUAGGAGGCUGCUCCUGAGGAUCCAGGAGCUUGAGAUUCAAGCACGAGCUCACGGGCUACCAAACAUGGCCACAGCCUUGGGGACGGUCGAACUUUCCUCCCACCUACUCAAACAACAACAACAACAACAACAACAGCAGCAGCAGCAGCAGCAGCAAUCAUCUCCCCAGGCCCAGCAACCUCAGCAGCCAACUCUCUACCAAGAGGACAUCAACAACGACUACCUCCAGAGGAUAGCUGCGGCAUCUGGCGUGCCAUCCACUGCCACCGUCAGCGGGCCGCAGGAUCACAUUAGUGGCACUGACGCCUGCACCACCUUCUCCGACCCGCUGUCCCAUUUCACAGACUUCUUCACCACCACGCUUAAGGAGGAACACCAGCUGGAUGAGAUCCUGAUGGAUGACCCACUGUCGCCGUUUGGCACCGAUCCGCUCCUCUCGGCCGGCUCCCCCGGAGCUGCAUCCAAGGACAGCAGCCGCAGGAGCAGCUUCAGCUCUGCCGAGGGUGAUGACCUAUAAGGGUGCCCUCAGUCUCGUUAUCACCUAUAAUCCCUGUCGGUAAAGGGCAUCCACGUGGCCUUUAAAUGACUGAGUGAUGGCUCCGAGCAUACAUUUAAGACUCCUACUAGGGUUGCAAGUAAUUUAAACGACAGCUGACAGCACUCCUUUAAAGUGCCACCUGUGCAUUAAGCGUGUAGUUCUUGUCGAUCAGUUGAGUGUUGAAGCUACAGAACACUGACGUUCGCCAAAGCUGAGCGGGAACAGAAACAUCCUGUGAGCACACCACGGACCGGCUGCUCUUUUUAACUUUACUACAGACAGUUUCAACUAUUCUCUGCCUCCCAGACACAGCUGAAAAAGACUUAUAAGAAAAAGGGAGACAAUUAUAAGUACAUAAUGUUAAUGACUACUGUUUUUUAAACACACUGUGGUGGCCACACACUGUAACAUAUGCAAAAUAACCACUAAAAACAUACCAAAGGUGUUUCCUUUCAUGAAAGCAUUAAUUCUUUACAAAAGAUCAUGUUAAUACGUUGCAGAUGGUUGCAUUAUUUGAUGUGCCUUAUUUGACCAGUACUGAUGUACUCACCCCAAUGCCUAACACGUCCUCAUCAGUGUCUUUGAAAUGUUUUUGUUUGAAAUGUUGGUGUAUUUAUAUGUUUUAUUCCAUUUAUUCAUAAAAAGUAUAUAUAUUAUUAUCUAACACCUUUUUUAAAAACUUCUUUGUAGGGGUGGGAACGACGUAAUA